CAACUUAAUGACUUUCAAAUGGUUGAUGGUUUCAAAUUGAUAACAGAAUUAUAAUAGUUUCUUUCUUAAUUUUGGCUUUGGUUCAAAUACAGGAGCUUUAUGAUAUCGGUUUCGGGUCCAGAAACUUUUGGGUUUUGGAUUCUCAAUUCUCUGGAAAAACUUUGAAUGAUAUUGUAGUUUUUGAUUGGAGGAGAAAGGGUUUUCUGUUUCAUUGUAUUUUGGACGAGAAUUUAGGGACUUGAAUUGGGUUUUAGGGAAUUUUUGCUGGAUAGAUUGAAACAGCUGACAUCUUUGUCUCCAUUUCUAAAGGGUUCUUGAUCUGGGUUUUGAGAAUUUAGAGUGAAAGGUUUAAUUUCUUAAGUGGUGAAUGAAUCUGUUGCUUUUCAUUUAAUAAGGUUCUGCUCUUCGCUGAAAUUUGUAGACUUGUGAAGUUGAGAGUCAUCUCGAAGCUUAGGGAUUCUGUUUGAUAAGGGAUACUAAUCUUUAGUUGCAUAUAACAGAAAGGUUGUCAAAUGUUUAUAUUUACGAGGAAAUUGUUGGUGUUGGUUGAUAUUUGACCACCGGAACUGACGUUAAGGGGUUUGUGAUUACAUUUACUGGAAUUUUUGGUAUGGAUGAUGCUCAGGGAAGCUCGAGUUCGUUCCCUCCGUUCCUUACGAAGACAUAUGAGAUGGUGGAGGAUCCUUCUACCGAUUCUAUUGUGUCAUGGAGUGCAAGUAAUAAGAGUUUCAUUGUAUGGAAUCCGCCAGAGUUUGCAAAAGAAUUACUUCCAAGAUUCUUCAAGCACAACAACUAUUCUAGCUUUAUCAGACAGCUUAAUACAUAUGGUUUCAGGAAAAUUGAUCCAGAACAGUGGGAAUUUGCGAAUGAGGAUUUUAUAAGAGGUCAGCCUCAUCUUUUGAAAAACAUACACAGACGCAAACCGGUUCAUAGUCAUUCCAUGCAGAAUCCCCUUGGUCAAGGAGUUUCUCCAUUAGCAGAAUCAGAGAGGCAGAAAUUUAGGGAUGAGAUUGAGCGACUUGAGAAUGAAAAGGAGUCGCUUCUUUUAGAGUUAAAGAGGCAUGAACAGGAGCGACAAGGAUUUGAGAUUCAAAUGCGGCUUUUGAGGGAGCGUUUGCAAAAUAUGGAACGACGCCAGCAAAAAAUGUUGUCUUCCGUGGCUCAAGUCUUGCAGAAACCAGGUGUCGCCAUAGAGCUGACACCACAAUUUGUGGCCAAUGACAGAAAGAGAAGGUUGCCUAGAAUAGCUUACUUAUAUGAAGAAACUGGGAUUGAAGAAAGUCAGACAUGCGGGUCCCUAACUGCUAGAGAGAACGCAGAUAGCGCGUCAUUGUCCAACACGGAGCCAUAUGAACAAUUAGAGUCGUCCAUGGUGUUUUGGGAGACUGUUGUACGCAGUUUUGGUCAAACUAGCAUUCAACUUAAUUCAAACCUAGAACUGGAUGGAUCGACAACCAUUGCGGAGAGUCCUGCGAUAUCUUGCAUACAGCUUAACAUUGAUGCUUGGCCUAAAUCGCCAAGGAUUGACAUGAACUCUGAGCCUGCCACCGUUGUUACUUCCGAGCCGAUUGCAAGGAAGGAACAAGCUGUGGGUACCAGUGCACCUGCAGCAGCUGGUGUCAAUGAUGUAUUCUGGGAACAAUUUUUGACUGAAAAUCCUGGUUCUACCGAUACUCAGGAAGUCCAGUCGGAUAGAAAAGACUCGGAUACCGGAAAGAACGAGAGCAAACCUGGUGAUCAUAACCGAUUUUGGUGGAAUAUGAAGAAUGUAAAUAACCUUGCAGAACAGAUGGGGCAUCUUACACCUGCGGAGAGAACUUGAUAUUUAUUGAUUUUUUUUUCUUUCUUUUUCUAGCUUUGGAUGCCUUCAAUAUUUCAGAUGUAAUAUAUUUAGGUAUUAUUGGUUUGAUAUAGGAAUAAGUAGAUAAUAAAUGCUUGACUUCAUCUUGCUAUGCUCAUAUGUUCACCUCUCUUGUUCAUUAGUCUUUAGACUUUUGGUGCUAUGUAGCUAUACCGAUUGACAUGGCCAUUUUUUAUUGCUUCACAUAUUCUUGAGAAAUAAACGUCAGUUUUAGUGUAUC